CCUCCGGCUAUCACCAUGAAGAGUGAUCAGCACCAAGGACAGGUGGCACCCAGCAUGCACCGCGGGGCGGGAGUUCCAAAAAACAUGGCGGCCGUCAGCAGAAAUAUCUGGGUGUUUACCACAAGAUUCGUCGCUUCGGAAGACGUUUUGCACCCGGUUUGGACGCAGUCCACAGAAAUGGCGUGCAGAGAAGCGGACCACCAGUAUGAAGACGUGGACCGUAAGUUUGAUGGUGGGAAGGAUUCGGAACAUGCUGCAACACCUCGACCCCUUCCUAAGCGUCUUGUGAUGUGGCCUUUACAGAAAGAAGAGUCAUGCUUGAAUGAGGACUACAAACUGGAGAGGACAAGCGGAGAUGGUCGCAUAGAAGGAAAAAUGACAUCGAAUAAUACUAGGACGCAGUGCCUAGAAAAUGAAUAUGAAGACAUGGACCCAAAACAUGUGGACCAAACGCACGAAGAUGUGGACUUUAAAGAUGGGCCGCAAGGUGAUAGCUCCAGUGGACAACCACCCAAACCUGACAUGCAAAACCACAUGGAAAAGUCAUGCUCAGAGCGUGCUGCAGAAAUGUGGAACAAGGCAAAAUCUGGAUGGGCUUGCUGGCUUACAAUUCUUUGCUGUGUGCUCAUGGUGGUAGCGACAGUCGUCAUUGCAGUGGUCUUGUUUGCUUACAUCAAACCUGGUAGUAAGGGAACACACAAUUCACCGAAUCAAGAUGGCACUAAGGACCGGGUUAACCUAGCAAAUUCCCGCGUUCCAGUGUCAUGGAGUUUCUGUCAGAAAAACAGCUCGGCCCUGAUCAACUUGGCCACUGAGAUUUCCAUUUCUCCAUUGAUGACUGUGCCUGUGGAAGAAAGCAUCUCAAACCCCUUCUUGUCUCUGCCAAAGAUGAAAGAACCUACUCCUCCAUCAACAACUGUAACAAGUACACGAGAUUGCCAGGUUGGAAAUGGGGUUUCCUACCGAGGAACAGUCGCCGUGACCGAAACAGGCAGGACGUGUCAGCGCUGGGACAGUCAGUAUCCUCAUGACCACGACUAUACAACUGCUGAUUACCCAUCAUCCGGACUGGAGGAGAACUACUGCCGGAAUCCGGGCGGCGACGCCGGGGUUUGGUGCUAUACCACGGAUCCCAGCACCAGAUGGGAGUACUGUGACGUACAUGUACCAGUCUGUGCCCAAUGCGAAAGUGGAUGGACUGAAUCUAACAGCUACUGCUACAAGUUUGUGAGUGACCAAGUCAGCUGGUAUACAGCAGACUCACAAUGUAUCCAACAUGGUGCCAGUCUUGCUACCAUCAAAGGUCCUGGGGAAAACAACUUCAUUGCAGGUCUCAUCAGGAAAAGUACCCCUGACGCGGUCUGGAUUGGACUUCGUAAAAGUGGAUCUGUAUGGAAGUGGAGAGAUGGUACACAUUUCACAUACAGCAAUUGGAAGCCUGGUGAGCCUAACAAUAAGAGGGUAACCUCGAAACUCUAUCAUAAUGAUGGGAGAGAGGAAUGUGUUUCUAUGUACUCCAAGCAACCUGAACCUAACUGGCUUUUUGGUCGCCAAGCGUCAACAAGAGGAAAGUGGAAUGAUGCACACUGCCUGUGUGACCGUCCCUACAUUUGCCAGAAGCUAAAACAAUGAAACAGUCAUACCUGGACAGCCAACAACCAGCACAGCCUACCACUUCUGGCAAAAUUAAAAUUUCUCCAUCCAAUUUUACCAAUUCCUCUACUAUUAUGAUUAUCCAACUAGCAAUCAUGUUUUUAUUCCCAGAACAUGCCUUAAUCAAACAACCAAAAUUGACAACAAUUAAUAUUCAAAGUACAAAUUUUAAAACGAACCAUUGGGAACUUUGACAGAAAAACUUAAAGCACAUGCACUGCUUUUUUGAGAUCAGACAACCUAUCCAAAGACAUGUGACAAUAGUUUGAAUAAUUUAAUUUAUUUACUUAGCAUUGUGGAGUUUAUGCACUGUUGUCAACUAUUGUAGUUGUAGAUCUUAUUAUUCAAUUUUGAUUUAUUUGUUCAUUCAAAUAACUUUGUGCACAAGAAUCUUUUGUUCCAAUAUUACUCAAAAUAAUAAGCUGUCAAUUACUAUUUUCAAUGCAUACUAAGUAUGAUAAAUUCUGGAAAUAUGUAUAAUGCACAGAGAGAACAAGUAUUAAAAACUACUAAAUCUUCUAGUUUGUACAAUGUACAAUGAAAGUAUUGUUGUUGUCUAAAACUUCAUAAUACAUUUGAUUAUAAUUUUUAUCAAUAUGCAUGUAGAACAAACGUGAUACAAUAGGUGUUAUAUUAUACGUCUGAACUGGUGCCAUAUACAUGACAUCGUACAUUAUUUUUUUUUUAGUAUCUUGGACAAUUUCUUGGCAGAACAUUAGUUGACAUAUUUAACAUAUUUGUAUUUAUAUAUAACGUUAUUUACAAUAAUAAUAUUUUCUAAUGUAGACAGAUCCAAGAGGAUUCAAUAACAAAAUUGUACAUUACAGAUCUAACUAAGAUUGUAAGUACAAGAAAUUAUAUGAAAAAUCAAUGGCACAUUAAAAACUUUUAAUUAGAAAAUGGUGAGAUGGAGAUUAUUUUAAAUUGCUGUUUACAUGAAAUUUCACUGUGAGUUUUGUUUUGAUGUUGUAGGGACAUGGAUGUUUUCCUGGUAUUUUGAAUUGGCAGUGGAAACAAUUAAAUCAAUUAGAUCAAUUAUGGCCUCUAUUCAAAAUUGGUAAAUGAUAAAAACUCUGUGGAAGAAACAAUAUUUUCCUGCAUUGCCUGGUAGGCACGAAAAGUUCAUAUUUUACGUGUGCUAACCCACAUUUUUGUCAUUUCUAUGGAGCCAGACAUGUUUUUUUGCAGCAUUUUUCACUUGCUGUCAGAUCUUAAUAAUUUGUGUAGGAAACAGCAGUCUACAUCAGAUUCUUCUUUUCACUUACUACAAAAAACAUUUAUUAUGUACUCUCAAUAAUGUGGAGAAAAAAGCCAUGUUUAUUUCAAUGUGGUAUAAAUAAUUUCAACAGUGUUAUGACUACUUAAUUGUAUUGUAGAAUUUGCCAUGAAUUUAUUUGAGGCAAUUUGUAAAUAGUUUUAACAAUGUUUCCCCUUCCUCCAAUUGUAUUAUGAUUGUAGCUUCAUGGGACCUCCAUUUAAUGUCCUGUCCAAGGCCAAGCCUAAUUUGUAUGACAAUGUUUAAUAAUUUUCAUAAUUUUUACAUUGCAGAUGGCAAUUUAAGACAUUUUAUUAUCAAGAAAAAGGUUAAUGUAUAACUAAAAUUAUUUUCUAUUGCUCUGUUUCUAUGUCAGGAGGAAGUUCAAAUUCUGUAUAGAAAAGUUAAAGAUAUGUGAAGGCUCAUUCAAAGCAAACAAGUGGUUGGUGCAAAAAGGAGAGUUAGUUUUGGAGUUUCUCAACAUUUAAACCAUAGAUUUGAGUUUCUCAAGACACUGACGAAAAAUUGUGAAACAUUAAUGAAAAGUGCCUUGCACUGAUCAUUUAUCUGUAUUUGGUGAACCUUCAUAGAGGAUUGUAAGUCACUGGUGGCUCUAUUCAUAUUAUACAUUCAGUUGUAAUAAAAAUAAAAACAUGGAACAUCAAGUGACUUUCCUUGUUUGUUUGUCUGGAGCUUUGUUUAUUUAUGAAAAGCUCAAAUUGGCCUGUAGGCCACUGUUUAUGGCAUUUAUGAUAAAAAUAAAUCUUUUUUUCUAUUCAAUUGAAUUGUAUUAAACUUUGUGAUGAUUUUAGAUUUCAGUAGCACAAUUAUAAAACAUUGAUUUAUACUGUCUUAAUAUCAUAAAGACAGUAUAAUCCAAUAAGACAGUAUGAUUCAAUGGUUUGUAAUUGUCAUUGCAAUCUAAAAUGGGAUAUGCUGAGGCAAUAACUGUACAAAAUCCCAUUAGCUUUUGGCUCUUCGUUAUGUUGUGAUGUCCCAAUCUCACUUUAGCCUCCCAAACAUCUGCUUGGAGAUUAGCAGACAUUUUCAAAUAUUUUGGAGGGCGUUUUACCUGCUGACAGAAAUAGUAAUAGUCUAUGUAUGUGUUAUGAAUAUCAUUGACUACCAAACAUCUUAGAGAUAAUAUCUGUAGCAUGUGUGUGCUGAACAGCAAAACCAAUAAACAUUGUAUUGUUA